CGUGGAUGCGAUCACAGGAUUCCCACACUCAUUUCCUCCGUGUGCAACUUCAGCUCUGUCCGUAACGGUCGCCUACGUUGGUUUCACUUACUUGCGUUAGCGUUUCACACUCUGUGGCUUUCACCAUCGCCAUUGUCGGGUUCAGCAGAGUUAUGAGGACGAUUGAGAGAUGCUUCCGGUGUAAAAGUGAUAUCUUUCUGAAAGCUGUCGCGAGGAAGAGCUCUCCUGCGCUGUGUCGAUGCGAUCGAAGCUAUUGUUAGACGAGAUGCAACGGUGUCGAUUGGCGUGACACACCUGGGAUUGUUUCAGCAAAGACCGUAUUUCUUAUGUUCCUCACAUAUAUCAUCGUGCCUGCAAGAGGAGACAUUUCGUUUUAUUUUCGCUGAAUAUAAGUUAGAGAAGCCAUUCUAGUGUGUGUUAUUUCAUGGGGAUGUGUUCAAGGCAAGAGAGGAUUCAAAAAGACGUCGACAUCGUAAUUCAAAGGUGUAAGGCAGAUAAAGACUGCCUAUUUUCUGACUUUCGAUUUUCUGACUCCACCUUCACAUUCACCUAUUCAAAGGGAUCUAAGAGGGUGUCCUAUUCUGUUCACGUCUCUGAUGAUUAUCCAGAUAACACGUAUGUGUCUAACUCUGAAAACGAUGAUGAAGUGUUAGUCACCAGGGAUCCAAUACCUGUGAUUUUUCACAGAAUUGCAACAGAAAUACGAAUAAAUAAUGAUGCCACCAGCUGUCUGUCUAUUAAAUCAAAACUUCAAAUCGACAAAAACUCGUACCAUUAUGCUAUAGAGGAGGAUUCAGAGGGUGAUAACGAUUCUGAGGAGUUCUACUAUGUUGGACAGGUGAAUUAUGAUGGGGAGCUUCACAAACACCCCCAGCUGGAGGCUGAUCUGGCAGCCGUGAGGGACUUAUAUGGCCAUCAUGCAGUAUCUCUCAGGGAAUAUGGUGCAAUUGAUGAUGUGGACAUCGACCUACACAUUGAUGUCAGUUUUCUCGAUGAGGAGAUUGCACUUGCCUGGGAUGUGAUCAGGAGCGAACCUGUUAUUGUGCGACUUCACUGCUCCCUUACACAGUAUCUGAAUGGACCAGUUCCCACUGUUGAUGUGUUUCAAGUGUCUUCAAAAGACAGAUUUGGACUAGGACAUCAGUUGAAAAAAAUAAUGCAAACCUUUGUCACACAGCAGUGGAAGUGUCAGAGCAAAGAUAAACUCAUCAGCCCACACAGCAAAAAGCAAAACGAGAAGAAGGUGAAGUCUCCCCUGCACAUUUUUUCAACUCUUCGCAGAUCCCCCAGCUACCCUCCUCCAGGCUGUGUGAAAAGCAAAAAGAAGCUCAAACCUGAGCAGGAUGGCAUGUCAAAAUCCCACCGUCUUUUGCGGCGAACGUGUUCCAGCACCGUAAAGCCAGAUAUGGAUGGCUGUGUCGGCAAGUCGCACAAGCUGCUGGGCCACUCCAUCUCCAGCGACCCGCGAAUGGAGCAACAUCAGCCACUUAAGCAGCCGCACCGGCUGCUGCCGAGGCCCUGCUCGACUGCCGUGAAACCAGAGGACUGCCCCCCGCUGCGGCCUCAUAAACUGUCACCGCGGCCGAGCAUGGCAGAGCCCCGCUGCGAACACGCUGCUGGCAGUGGCGAUGGCGGUGCUUUGAAGCCUCACCGGCUCCUGAGCCGCUCCUGCUCGAGCAGCGUGCGGACUGAAGAGCUGGAUGGCCUGAAGCACCACCACCGUCUGCUCAGCAGGUCCUACUCUAGCAGCACCAAAAUGGGCAAAGCCAACAUCUUCAAAGAGCCUGUCACUGAGAGCAGACGCCUCUCCCUUACCUCAGGGCUAAUUGGCAUCCUGGCCCCAUCACUCUCUUCCACUCCUCAGCCAAACAUUGGAGCCAAAUCCAUUCCAGUCAAAGACAGAGGCUUCCUUGUGCAGACUAUGGAGUAUGCAGAACAGCGUAUCCCUGUACUGAAUGAGUUUUGUGUUGUCUGUGAUGAACCUCACGUGUUCCAAAAUGGACCAAUGCUCAGACCCACAGUGUGUGAGAGAGAGUUAUGUGUAUUCGCCUUCCAAACUCUUGGGGUCAUGAAUGAGGCGGCUGAUGAGAUUGCCACUGGUGCUCAGGUAGUAGACCUGCUGGUCUCCAUGUGCCGAUUUGCUCUGGAGUCGCCGAGGAAAGUUGUCAUUUUUGAGCCAUACCCUUCUGUGGUGGAUCCCAAUGACAUGCAAGCACUUGCUUUCAACCCCAGGAAAAAGGACUAUGAUCGAGUGAUGAGAGCACUUGACAGUAUCACAUCUAUCAGAGAAAUGACCCAGGCUCCAUACCUGGAGAUAAAGAAACAAAUGGACAAGCAUGAUCCACUGGCUCACCCACUACUGCAGUGGGUGAUAUCCAGUAACAGGUCACACAUAGUGAAGCUUCCUGUUACUAGACAACUGAAGUUCAUGCACACUCCCCACCAGUUCCUCCUGCUCAGCAGUCCGCCUGCCAAAGAAUCCAACUUUAGAGCUGCCAAAGGCCUAUUUGGAAGUACCUUUGCUUUCCAUGGAUCACACAUUGAAAACUGGCACUCCAUUUUGAGGAAUGGUUUGGUCGUGGCAUCAAACACAAGGCUUCAGCUCCAUGGUGCAAUCUAUGGGAGUGGAAUCUAUCUCAGUCCAUUAUCAAGCAUAUCCUUUGGCUACUCAGGGAUGAAUAAAAAGCAGCAGAAGGUUGCUUCAAAAGAUGAAACUGCUGCCAACAAGUCCAACAUUCCUUUGCAGUCACAGAAGAAAGGCCAGCAUUCACAGUUUCUGCAGAGUCGCAACCUGAAAUGCAUAGCCUUGUGUGAAGCUAUUACAUCUCCAGACCUGCACAAGCAUGGUGACAUCUGGGUAGUUCCAAAUACAGAUCAUGUCUGCACACGUUUUUUCUUUGUUUAUGAGGACGGACAGGUAGGCGACACAAGUAUAAACACACAGGACCCCAGUAUUCACAGGGAGAUCCUACGAGUCAUCGGCAAUCAAACAGCCACUGGAUGAGUUGGAACACAAUACCGCUGCCUUGACCUCUUUCUCAAAGCUGGACAUUUGAGCGUAGGAGGCCAAUACCUUAUGUAUUUUUGGUAACCACAGAACACACACAAAACACAGAAAAAAGGAUAUUCACAGUCUUCAAAAAUAAACACACUAUUUAUACUAGUCCCCUGGGAUACAUGCAUAUUUACACUGGCUAUUCAAACUAUAACCAUUUUGCUAAGUUUAUAAAUAAAAGAUACAUUUUGAAAAAGCAUGGUAUGUCUCUCAGUUCAACUGGUGGACUACUUAUUUUUUGUAAAGAAUACAAAAAAUGAAAACACUUUCAAGAAUAUUUUGAGACUUUACUGGAGAAAAUACAAUAUUCCUGUGUGGAUAUGCGCCAUCUGAUCUUGUUUACUAAGAGUUGUACUUGUUAAAGUACAUUAAUUUGUAUAUACAAAAGGUGUCUAUAUGCACUUUAUUUUUCUUAAUGUAUGAUAGUUGUUUUAAAUUUCCAUAUAAUCUUAAAUGCCUUCAAAAGACAGAAGUACAGUAUUUAUUGUUGGGCAACACAAGCAAACAACUCCUGAUGUUGAAGACACUGCAUUGAGAGCUGAUGGGGAGAUUUGACAAGUGUAGUUUAAAAAAUCCCCAUGCGACACUUAAUAUGACAUGCUAUUUAAAAGUAACUGUCAGUUUACAAUUUCUAAAGGCCUAAGUUUAGGACUUUUCCCAGAUUAAUCAAACCUGCCACUUUACUCAUUUAAAUCAAAUUAUUUAAAAUAUAUUACUGUAAAAUUAUUGUUUUCAUUGAGGAGUGAAUUUACCAACUAUGAAAAAGAGAGUUCAGAUAAAAAUAAUAAUAAUGAAAAAAAAAUUAUCUUUAUAUACUUGGCAGCAACAACUAAAAAUAAGAUGCAUGCUGCUUUCCUUAUAUUUUCAAAUCAAUACUUUUCCUUGGUAUUGUUAUAGAAGUUUUGAUAAAUAAAAAAUCGGCACCCAAAUGUACAAUGUCUUUGGAUAUUUCAAUAUAAAUCUUUUUCUAAGGUGAUUUUAAGGCAGAAUAAGUGUUUGCUGCUUGUUGUUUAUACAUUGUAAUGUAUUAACGGAAGGUCCAAAUGUGAGUAUUCUGUUCAGCUUUUGCAGUUCUUUAUAGUGAUGUUUAGACACCUGUGUGGUUGUUCAAAUUACUUUCUGAACAUAAAUUAAAUUGUUGAAUCAUUAAAAUCACUAAAGCUUUUUUUUUUUUUUUUUUUUUGAGAAUGAAUGAUUCAGAAUCUGUGCAUAAAAGUGUAAAAUUUGAGAAAAUGCAUUUUUACACAAAAGAUGUAGCACCACAACAUUUUUCUUAUUUACAGGUUGAUGAUGGGCAGAAUAAUGGGUUUUAUUAAACUAAAGGCAUAUUAAAUACGUGGUAUUGAUCAUUUUGUGUGGAGAAAAUAUUAUUUUCCAUGAGACUUGAAAUACUGGUAAAUCAACAUGACUUUCACUUGCAAUAUAUUCCUCUUUAUUCAAUUGUAGAUUUAAGUGCUCAGAAUGGUGACAGCUUAAUAUCACAAAAACAUGUUUUUGUAAGUAUAACAAAACCUAACUGGUUGAUAACUAUCAUUUAAAUCUCCUUAAAGUAUUGAAAUUCCUAACUACUGAGGAUAUUUCUAACAUUCAUGUACACACUUAUAACUGUAUAACUGCUUAAAACAUAUUAAAGCAACAAAAUUAUUUUUUAUCUUUCACUUUA